AUGUCUUCUGAAGCAGUUAAAAAACAGAUUUUAACGGCUAUUAGUGCUCUAAAUAUUCCUCUGAUCAAAAGGCCAGAUGAGCUAAAGGUAGAAGAGGCCUGCGCUGCUGCAAAAUUGUUGAGGAAUCGGGUACUACGGGAACAUGUUCGUGUAGAAGAACACAUUGAAAUUCUUCGACAAAAACAGUUUUAUGACGAUAGUGAUGGUGAAAGUGAUAAUGAUGGUAAUUCGGUAUUUUUGGGGACAGAAUCUUCAGAUAUUCGAAAAUUAUCUCGACAAGAUUUUUUAUUUAUAAGUGAAAUGAUGGUUAUGGAAAAUGUUGUUGUUCCACUUCUUUUGGCUCAUGGGAUGAAUUUUAGUUCAUCACUUUUACCUCAAUUACUGAAAUUAUUGACAGCGAUGUUACUUCCAGUUCCAAUGCAUUCUUUAGAAAUGCCUAGACAAUUUGAUUACAUUCGACGUUUAGUGGAACGAUGUGGAACGGAUGAAUUUUUUACACUUUUGAUACAGUGUGUUGCACCUGUAGCUGAAAAACGAUCAAAGGGUAUUUUACAAAAAGAAGAUGUGGUUCUUCUUGAAGUUGUUCUUAAAAUUAUUUCUCAUUUUUUUAAUGCGCCAAAGGAAAGUAUUGCACCUGGAAUUGGUGCUUUUGCACGGAAUCAUGGUAUUGAAUUUUUUCUUGUGGUAUUAAAUCAAAACUUUGCACGAGCAGAAGCAAUGAAAAAAGAAGAAGAAAUUGCUGCUUUGAAAGAUAUGGAAUUAUCCUCUUCAGAGGAAGAGGAUAAUAAUGAUAAUAUUAUAUUAGUUGAUAAUCACAUGGAAGAAAAAGAAGAAGAAAAAAAAGGAAUUGUGGUCUUGGAAGAUGGAGAAAAUGGGACUGAAGAUGGUGAAGAAGAAGAAGCAGAAGAAGAUGAAGAGGAUGAAAGUGGACAUGACGAAGAAGAAGAAGAGGAAGAGGAAGGUGUUGGUAAUAAUAAGGAUUACGCUGUGGAUGAGAUUAGUAUUGAUCAAUAUAAUGCUCGAAUGUUGGAUCUUUUAGAAAGUACUGAACAACUUUGGAAAUGGAAUAUGCUUAUUGUUAGUUCAAUGGCAGUAGUUCUUCGUUGUGCAAAUCCUGUGGAACUUGCUCAACUUGGAUUUCUUUCAAAGUUUCAACAGCAAUCAUCCCAUCAACUUAUGGGAUUGUUUGAAAGUGGUAAACGUUUUCGUGAGUGUAAAAAAGAAUCCGAUCGAUGGAGACAAGUAGCAAGGAGUCGUAAUGGGGCUAUAACUUCUAAUGGUUUACUUGUUCGAGGGACAUCCUCUUCACGUGUGCAAGGAGAAGGUGGAGCAAUAGGUUCUGCUUCAGUACUUCUUGGAUUAAGAAGUAAAGAUCCACUUGAGAAAGUUCGAGAUAUUGAUUUACGUAAAAAAGGUCGUUUUGUCAAGGGAAUGUCUGAUGAUAGUAUUGCUAUUUCUAAUCUUCCUUUGCCUACUAAAGUACAACUUUCUCAACAGUGUCUUUCUUUUGUAUGUUACGGUUUUGAACCUUUAAAUAUGAUGUUAUGGAAUAAAAUAGCAAAAACUAUUGCUGGUUUUGAAAGUAUUGUAAAAGAGCGUAGUGAAUUGUUAUCUGGAUUUAAAAGUUCUGGAGAAGAACCUGAAUUACCAUCUCAAAUAGAUAAAUCUGUCUAUGAUUCAGCUCAAGGUGUUUUGGAUUAUGUUGAUAUAUGUGCUUCAUUACUUCGAUAUACCAGAGAAGUUGUUCGUUUAAACAAAGAUGAAAAUAAUGAUAUUACUUUGGCAACAUUUCAUCAACAAUGGCAAUGUAUAUCUAGUGUUAUUACAAUUGAACAUAUUCAGUAUGGAUUUGAAUUACUUCGAGUAUUUUUAAGUUCUCCAGAUUUUAAGAAAAGAUUUGAUGUUACCAGUGUAGUAAUUUAUCUUUCUGAGUUAUUAAUGACACUUAAUCAUUUAAUAGAUGGUGAUAUUGUUAAAGAUCCUAAUGUCAUUGUGGCCGCAAAUGCAUUAUCAUCAUCUAUUCUUUAUAAUGAGGAAAAUGUUACAUUGGUUUUUGAUCUUAUUUCAAGAUAUACUGCCAAAGUUCUUCCACCUGGUAAAGCUAGAGUUUUUGUAUUAUUGGUAUACUCAGUUUUUCAACUUAUGGAAAAGUGUAGUUUUAAAGGCAAAGUUUUAUUUCCCAAAAGAGAAAAAAGACAAAAUGCAACUAUUACAGAAGAAGCAGAAGACAUAAGUAAUGUGAAUUUUUUGGAAUCAGAUAAAGUAGAAAACAUUGAUCCUUUAAAUUUAUCACAUGAAACGAUAAAUGAGGUAACGAAAGAUGAAGUAGAUAUAAACGAGAAUGAUAAUGUUUUAACUUCAUCCAACUCAGUAUAUUUAAAAGAUGUUCCACUUGAGCCUUUAGAGACUACAUCUGGUAAUAAGGAUAGAGAAGUAUCUAUAGAAAAUGCUUCUCUAACUUCAAGUGGUCCUGCUAUUCUUUCCACUUUAAGUUCGGAGAGAGAAGUAAGUAUGGGAAAUUACUUUAAACGUCUUGCUACUGUGAAAAAUACGAAAUUAAUUCUUUCUUCACUUCGUCAUUGGAGAGUUAAUGAUAAUGAUGUGAACACAGCUUUAGCAUACUUAAUUCGUUCUCUUGUUAUUGAAGGUAGUGAAAAUAUAUUCUUUAAUGCACAUUUUCUAAUGGUAAUGAGAGAUAUAUUAGUUAACGGUAAAGAUUCUCAUAAUUCUUUAUAUAAUGUUUGUGAUCAGGUGGUUUUUAGUUUUUUUAAUCCUUCAUUUGCGAAAUUUCUUGAUGAAAGGAAAAAAUCUCAAUUUGGAUCCUCGCUUAAUGUUUUAGAGGGUGCUCAGUCAUUUUUGGGGUUUGAGGUUUCUCUGCGAUGUGCACGUUCACUUUUUUGUUUUAAUUCUACCGAUUAUAGUAUUAUGGAAGAAAAAGGACUUCCUCACUUGACUGAUUGUAUUGCAAUUCCACUAAAGGAUGAGAAAAAUUAUGCUGAUAGGAAUGAAGAUGAUGACACAUUCCCUGAUGCUGAAGAAUCACCUAUCAAAAAACGACGUCGAAAGAAGAAAGUAUCUUUAACAGAUGAAAAGAUACAAGAGGAGAAAAUCAUAGAUGAAGAAACCAUAGAAGAAGUUAUUAUGGAGUUACAAGAUGAUGAGAUUGUUGUUGAAUAG